GAAGGCAGCCCCGGCGGCGCGCGGGAGCCCGGGAGGCCGCGCUCUUCGGCAGACGCUCGGGAGAGGAACAUGAACUGAAGAGUAAACAUGUACGGGAAUUAUUCUCACUUCAUGAAGUUUCCCACAGGCUUCGGCGGCUCCCCCGGCCACUCCGGCUCCACGUCCAUGAGCCCAUCGGCAGCCUUGUCCACAGGGAAGCCGAUGGACAGCCACCCCAGCUACACGGACACCCCAGUGAGUGCCCCACGGACUCUGAGUGCAGUGGGGGCCCCCCUCAAUGCCCUGGGUUCUCCAUAUCGAGUCAUCACGUCGGCCAUGGGCCCUCCCUCAGGUGCACUGCCUGCGCCUCCAGGAAUCAAUCUGGUCGCCCCGCCCAGCUCCCAGCUAAAUGUGGUCAACAGCGUCAGCAUUUCGGAGGACAUCAAACCCUUACCAGGGCUUCCUGGGAUUGGAAACAUGAACUACCCAUCAACCAGCCCCGGGUCUCUGGUGAAACACAUCUGUGCCAUCUGUGGGGAUAGAUCCUCAGGGAAGCACUACGGCGUGUACAGUUGCGAAGGUUGCAAAGGGUUCUUCAAGAGAACCAUAAGGAAAGACCUCAUGUACACCUGUCGCGAUAAUAAAGACUGUCUCAUUGACAAGCGCCAGAGGAACCGAUGUCAGUACUGCCGCUACCAGAAGUGCCUGGUGAUGGGCAUGAAGAGGGAAGCUGUGCAAGAAGAAAGGCAGAGGAGUCGGGAGCGUGCAGAGAGUGAGGCAGAAUGUGCCAGUGGUGGCCAUGAAGACAUGCCUGUGGAGAGGAUUCUAGAAGCUGAACUUGCUGUUGAACCAAAGACAGAAUCCUAUGGCGAUAUGAACAUGGAGAACUCGACGAAUGACCCUGUCACCAACAUAUGCCACGCUGCUGAUAAGCAGCUUUUCACCCUCGUUGAAUGGGCCAAGCGCAUCCCCCACUUCUCCGACCUCACCUUGGAGGACCAGGUCAUUCUGCUCCGGGCAGGGUGGAACGAGCUGCUCAUUGCCUCCUUCUCCCACCGCUCCGUCUCGGUGCAGGACGGCAUCCUCCUGGCCACCGGUUUGCACGUGCACCGGAGCAGUGCCCACAGCGCCGGAGUCGGCUCCAUCUUUGACAGGGUCCUGACUGAGCUGGUCUCCAAAAUGAAAGACAUGCAGAUGGACAAGUCGGAGCUGGGGUGCCUGCGAGCCAUUGUGCUGUUUAACCCAGAUGCCAAGGGGUUGUCCAACCCCUCGGAGGUAGAGACUCUGCGAGAGAAGGUGUAUGCCACCCUCGAGGCCUACACAAAGCAGAAGUAUCCGGAACAACCUGGCAGGUUUGCCAAGCUGCUGCUCCGCCUCCCAGCCCUGCGCUCCAUCGGCCUGAAGUGCCUGGAGCACCUGUUCUUCUUCAAGCUCAUCGGGGACACGCCCAUCGACACCUUCCUCAUGGAGAUGUUGGAGACCCCGCUGCAGAUCACCUGAACGGCCCUGGCCACAGCCUCCCCACCCAGGACCACCCCUGGGCAGGUGUGUGUGGACCCCCACCCUGCACUCGUUCCUCCGCUUCCCACCCCGACCCCUUCCUGUUCCCAAAAUGUGAUGCUUACAAUAAAGAAACCUUUCUACGUCUGCGACUUUUAUAGGUGGAGUUUGUACAGAUGUUCAAGGAAGCCCUUCUUGGCAGUCUGAGGGGAUGGGGAUCUUUCUAGAAGUUCCUGGAAAAACGAACCAAGCCUCUGUACAUAUAAUUGGUUUAAAUUAUUUUUUCACUUGCCAUGGAAAGCAAA